UUUCAAGACAGCCCACAACAAAAAAAUUUCUCCAUCUCUUAAACCUGCACUCAAAUUCUCUGGCUGCAGUGUUUAAUCCAAGAGAGAAGAUAAAGAUUCCUCUUUUUCUUCUUCUUCUAUGGAGACUCUGAAACUUCAAAUUGGGUUCAGAUUUCACCCCACCGAUGAAGAGCUAUUGCUUCACUACUUAAAGCGGAAGGUUUUGUCUCUGCCAUUGCUCGCCAACGUCAUUCCUGAACUGGAAGCCUUCCAAUUCAAUCCAUCGGAUUUGCCUGGUGAUUUGAAGGAGAAGAGAUAUUUCUUCUGCAAGAGAAAGAGGAAUUUGGUGAAUAAAUGCGGCUACUGGAAAUCAAGCGGCAAAGACAAGCAAGUUGUGGCUUCAGGGAGCAAUAAUGUGAUUGGAAUCAAGAAAUCGUUUGUUUUCUAUCAGGAUAGGAAGAUGAAGACUAAAUGGAUUAUGCAAGAAUUCUCUCUUGUGGGCUUUCUCAAGACACCAUUCUUGAAUCAGAGGCUACUGAUGCAAGUGGGAGAUUGGGUUGUUUGCCGUUUGUACCAAAGGAAGAGGAAAGCAAGAAGUCAUGGGGCAACAGCUUAUAAUAGCAAGGGGGCUUCGGUUGCUCAAACGCCGUCGUUUUUGCCGAUGUCGCUGUCGUGUUCAAGUGGGAUAACGGACGUCUCUUCUAGUGAUUUAGAUCAGGAAGCAAGUAGUCGUUUUUUGUGAGAGAUUUGCCUGAUUCUGAAAGGGCCUAAUGAAAGUGUAGUCUCAUUUUGUUGUGCAAUUUGGCAAUCAGAAAAAAGGCUUAAAUUGGAACAA